UACUUGGGAUUUCUUCAUCUGUGCACGAAGGUCAGUUUGAUUGUUAAUGAAACAACAGAGCAAGGUCCUAUCACAACAAAAAGACCAGGCAUUUCUGUCCAUUUACGCUGCGGCUGUGGAUUCCUCGGCUGGAAACUCGGUUCAAGUUGAGCUGAUUCACAGAAAAAUGAAACUGGUCCUGGUUGUCCUACUUUGUCUGGUUGCGUUCCCUGAUGGUCGGCGGUGUGAUACCAAUGGCUGUGUCACCUCGUUGAAACGGGACAUCCUCAAACUGAUGGUCAAAUGGGAAGAUGCUACCUGUCUCCAGAACCAGCAAGGCCUGCCCCCAAACCUUCUGCAGACUUUGCCCCGAAGCUGCAUGGAAAUCAAAACAGCAUUGGAAGGAGCUGCAGAUGGACUGUAUUUCCUGGGCACUGAAGAUGGUGAGAUCUACCAAACCUUUUGUGACAUGACUACCAAUGGAGGUGGGUGGACUCUGGUGGCCAGCAUCCAUGAAAAUAACAUCUAUGGAAAGUGCACCCUGGGAGACCGUUGGUCUAGCCAACAGGGGAACAAUGCCAAUUACCCAAGUGGGGAAGGAAACUGGUCCAAGAACUCCACCUUUGGAACGGCCGUGGGAUCAACUAGUGAUGACUACAAGAACCCUGGCUACUAUGACCUUCAAGCACGGGAUAUGGCCAUAUGGCAUGUCCCCAAUGACAGCCCUUUGAAGGAAUGGCGGGAAGCUGCCAUCUUGAGAUAUCACACUGAGACGGGCUUCUUGUCUGUAGAAGGAGGGAACCUUCUCAGGCUCUAUCAGCAAUACCCAGUGAAGUUCGGCAUUGGCAGCUGCCCAGGUAAUAACGGUCCAAUUGUACCAGUUGUCUAUGAUACUGGUAAUGCUCAGCAGACGUCCUUCUAUUAUUCUCCAAAUUCCAGAGCUGAAUUUGUCCCUGGCUUCAUUCAGUUCCGGGUUUUUAACCAUGAGAAAGCAGCAGUUGCUCUAUGUGCUGGCAUUAAAGCCACCGGCUGCAAUACAGAGAUGUUCUGCGUUGGUGGAGGAGGGAAUUUUCCAGAAGGAAAUCCCCGGCAGUGUGGUGACUAUACGGCUUUCGAGUGGGAUGGCUACGGGACACACACCGGCUGGAGUGUUUCCAAACAGUUAUUGGAGUCUGCAAUGCUGAUAUUUUAUCGAUAACGUGUGUUU